AUGACGUGCCUAAUCCGGUUCGUGUCGACCUGUAGACGAAAGAGCAAAAAACUGCCGAUUGAGAAGUUAAAAGCAACGAGCAGACAGAGCAGAGUACUACAACCGACGGCAGCUACGGCAGUACGCGUGGCGCUACAGCAAAGUGAGUACGAGAAGGCGGAACUAUGGCUGAUGAAGAUGGCACAGGCGGAGUGUUUCAUCGAUGAGUUGAAGGUACUGGUCAGGAAUAAGGAUCGGCCGGUGAGCCAAUGGCUGGCGAUCGAGAAGUCCAGUGCACUCUACAAACUUACUCCGCUGAUUGACGAAAACGGGCUGAUUCGAAUGGAGGGGAGAGCAGAGUUGCUGUCAUUCGAUCUACGUUUUCCAACGAUCCUGCCACAUCAGCAUAAAAUCACGCAGCUGAUUGUUCCACAUUACCACGCUAAGAGCGGUCACGGAUAUCGACAGGCGGUGAAGAACGAGCUGAAGCAGCUGUUCUACAUUCCGCAGCUUGACGCAGUAGUCCGGAAGGUGUCGUCGUCUUGCGUAUGGUGUAAGGUCCAUCGAAGUCGGCCUCGAGUUCCACGAAUGGCUCCGCUACCAGUGCAGCAGCUAACACCGAAUCUUCGUCCCUUUAGUUACACAGGUGUGGAUUAUUUGGGCCCAUUUGCUGUUACUGUAGGACGCCGAACGGAGAAGAGAUGGGUCGCAUUGUUCACAUGCUUGGUAACCCGCGCGGUGCACCUGGAGGUGGCUCACGGACUGACUACGCAGUCGUGCUUGAUGGCGAAUCGCCGGUUCGUUGGUCGGCGAGGCUGGCCGAUGGAGUUACUGUCCGACAAUGGGACGAACUUCCUAGGAGCCAGUAAGGAACUGGAAGGAGUUGUCCGAGAAAUAGGAGAAGAUUGUGCGGAUCAGCUGACUAGCGCGAGAACGAAGUGGACGUUCAACCCCCCUGUGGCUCCUCACAUGGGACGAGUAUGGGAGCGUCUCGUUCGGUCGGUUAAGGAGGCAUUCGUGGCGCUUGAUGAUGGGAGACGGUUGACGGACGAAAUUUUGCAGACAGUUAUGGUGGAAGCGGAAGACAUGAUAAAUUCUCGCCCGCUAACGUACGUGUCUCAAGAGUGUGACGAAGCGGAGGCACUCACUCCAAACCACUUUUUGCGGGGACUCUCCCCAAAUCAGCCUAGCGUGAAUCUUCCCCCACCUCAUCCAGCAGCAGCACUUCGAGACGCGUUCCAGCGAUCGCAGCAGUUGGCCAGCAUUUUGUGGGAACGUUGGGUCAAGUAG